UUCAACCCCGCCACCUGAUCCACGGCUGAUCGUCAGAGCAACGAGUCGCGGCCGGAGGGGGGAAAGUACGAGGAGAGUAAACGAGGUGGAAAAUAAAUAACAGGGAGCCGAGCUUUGGAACAGUGUCCCGCAAUCAGUGAACGACGUGCUACCCCAAUUGGCUAUCGACUGAAAUCCGAUGAGAGUUCGAGUGCGGAGAUAGCCGCUCUUAGCAUCGUGGUUUAUUGAUUAAGGGCACCGCGUGAACAAGAUUUGUGCAAGGAGAACGUCUGGAAGAUAACAACUAACUCUUCACAUUGACUACCUCUCGUUCAUCGCCAUUGGGCAAAAAGUACGUGCGUGAAAGCCAAUAGGAUGCUGGCCAACUGAGCAUGCGCGGUUGAUGAAUUCUGCCUGCGAUGUUAAGGCACGCACUGCUAUUAUUUCCUCCGAAAUGAAGUAGCGAUAUGAUAUAAGUGUGCGGAACGUGACUGGUUAAAUCAAUACAGCAACAAACGCACGUGCUGGCAGCCUUCCCCCAUCGUCUUUCGAGGCAAGUUUCAACUGCACGUCAAAUAUAAGUGUAUACCUGUGCUGGUGGUUUGAUAUAUAUCAAAGGAGGGAGCAUGUUACUUGGUUGUAUGCCAGCGUUGAAACGAAAAAAUACACCACUAUUGUUUUUAUUGCAUUGUUACCUUCAGGACAUGGUGUAGCGGUCCACGGAUCACCAUGGAAUCAAGUACUUUUGAAACGGAGACGUACUACCCCGACAAUGGGACAGAGAAUAUUUUGGAAGAAAAACCUGAAGUGGUUUUCUGGGCUUGGUUCCAGAUGAUGUGCCUUGUACUUGCCAUAGUGGGAUUCCUCGGUAAUUUACUGGUGGUCCUCGUCAUCAUCCGACAGCAACGGCGCCGGACGAGUACGGAUAAACUUAUCCUCGCACUCGCCGUCGCAGACCUCCUCACUUCAAUCUUCAUCAUCCCCAUCCCUACCCCGUCCAGCCUUCCAUACGGUGUCCUAGGUGAACUCUACUGCAAAGUCGUAUAUUCAUCUGUGUGCAUGUGGAUUUCAAUCAUGGCAUCGGUUUUUACGUUAAUCAUGAUAUCAGGUGAGCGUUAUGUUGCUGUCUGUUAUCCAUUUCGCUACCAGCGACUAUUUGCCGGUUAUCGCCCGGAUAUCAUUCUCUGUGUAAUUUGGAUCAUAUCUUUCAUAAUCAACACAAAUAGCUUUUAUGUAUCGUUCGUUGACACGCCAGGUGUGAAUUGCACUGUUAAAUUUCCAACACCGGAGUUUCAAAUGUUCUUUGGUAUCGUCUUAUUUUUGGUGGAAUAUCUCAUUCCCGUCAUAAUCAUGCUCAUGGCAAACGUAUACACAAUUCGCGCCUUAAACCAUCAAGCCAGGUCCUUGGUGGCAAAGCGAGACAAGAGAUCUGGCCCGGCGUUAAAGCUUCUACAAGCGCGGAGAAAAGUCAUCGAAAUGCUCUUUGUUGUGGUGAUAAUAUUUGUUAUUUGUUGGACACCCGAUCAAAUAGGAUAUCUUGCCUUCAACAUUGGCUUAGUGGAGGUCGAUUUUCUAUACAGUCCAGUAUACAGGUCGUUUGUAGCUCUCGCCUUCUGUAACUCCUGUGCAAACCCUUUUAUUUAUGCAGCACGGAACCCCAAUUUCAGGCGAGCCCUCAAGGAAUUGGUCAUGUUUUCCCCUAUUGGUGGAUCCAUUUUCAACCAAGGAGGACCUGGUUUCACUGACAGAUUUGAGUUAAGCCAAACACAGGGCACUAUAAGAGGUGUUCUAGUGAACGGCAGAAAACCUUCUUUGCAAGGUUGUCUGGAUGUCCCAGAAACAUCCCAAAAGACGGCAUCAACCAUGUGAAAAGACUCACAUUUUCUAAUAUUUGAAAAGUUAUGGGAACUGCCAUGUCUUAUCAUUGCCACAUCUUUUGGUUGUCAGGAUGACAGGAAGCAAUUCAGGAAAGCGAUAGUCCAAACGAGCACGAUGAUAUCUACCGAGUGAUUGUAUGAUAUUUUUUUUCCUAUGACCAGCGUUAUGGGAAAGUGAAGAAGGAUACGUGAACGUGACCAAUAUCUUACACUGGAUCGUAAUGCUCACAACAAUGAUUAGUUUUUCUCGUAUGCAACAAUCAAUCUUGCCACUGCUUUGCAAAAUGCAACGGAGAGGAAAUGCAACACCAACAGAAAUCCAGGCUACCACUCAAGAUUUAAUUAUAGUGGAGUCCAGUCAAGCUUUCGCCAAAAAAAUAAAAACUUCACAACACGCACGCGUAAUUAUUACAUGUGGUUAUCAGUGAAUGAACACACCGGGUAUAUAUCUCUUUUAUCCGUCUAUGAAAAAAAUAUUUCGAGUGGAACAUUCUAUGACGACACAGCGACAUAAAUGUACUGUCGAGAACUGAUGUGGGUCGAGAGACAAGGGAGGGCUUAAGAUCAGAUAUGGACUGGUUGUCCUUUAUAUUGACCCAUCUAUCAUAAUGUCAUAAUGAACUCUGAUCGGAUUUGUGUGUCAUAACAUUUAUGUCAGUACAAGGGACCACUGUUCACCAUCCUUUAUUGUGAUGCGACAUUGUACCGAAUGGGGGUAUCUACAGAUUCGGACGCUCAAUUGUACAGAGAGUAAUAUAUGGAUUAAUCUAGAUUUAUGUUUUGUAUUUGGAAGAAAAGGAUUUGUAUGUCAAAUAUAUUAUAUUGCAUUUUUUUUUCAUUUUACCAAAAAGGGUUACAGAUCAUUUAUAUUUCGACACAGCACUAUAGCCCAUGUGCUGACAAGAAGGUUUUUUUUGUUCUUGUAAAAAAUAAUCAUAUUGGACAUUUUUUUUCAAUCAAAUUACAGGGCCAAGGUUAAAUCUUCAAAUAACAGCAUUUAGUUUGAUAAAAAAAGUGGUUUUAUGUCAAUGGAAUUGCAUUAAUGUUUAAGGUGACAUACUUUAAAGCAUAUAAUUGCAGUUUACCAAACGAACUUUUCAUUGAUAAUUUUUAAUGAAAAGAAACAUUGGUGCUCUCCGUCUUAUGGAGCAGAUAUGAAAAAUGGUCAGGGUGGUACGAAGUUCUGCACUCUCACACGUCUUAUUGUCUUAGUAUCGUGAUGUGUUCUUUUGGGGUGAAAUUAAAACAUUUUUACAUGGAGCGUUCAUAAGACGCCGAAUGUCCAUAUGAACUAGUUUUAGAUAUCUUAUGGCAUAACAACUUGUUUUAAGAUGAAAAUAAUGAAUCAAUCAGAUGCUUACAAAUAAAAUAAAAGACGCGUUCCCUUAGUUCAGUAUUCGUGGCUAAUGGGGCAUUGCAAGAAACUUGCGAUCAAUUCUAUUUUCGUCCCCGAAGUCAAGCAUAUGCCAUGCAAUCAAGUGCAAAUUUGCCAUUGAUUGCUAAUCUGCUCCAUGAAACAAGGAGUGUAAUCUGAUUCGAUAAAGUCAAAAGUAAUCACUCAACUAAAAAACUGCAACAGAAUAUUUGCGAUUGAUUGCAAAUAUUUUCUUGCAACACCUCCUUAGUCAUUUAAGGAGGACUUUGGUUAUUUGAAGUCUAAUCAUUAUUUCUCACAGAUUAAUCUAUCAAGUAAAUUCGCCAUGAGUCCACUCCUUGUCAUUCCUCAAUUAUGGACAGGGCGAUCAGAAUAGUUAAAAAGAUAAUUGAUGUUGUAGAUUUGGAUAUUUUCUGCUAACAAGAAAAGGUGGGAAAAUAAAAAUAAUAAAUAAAUAAAGAAAGAAAUUAAAAAGAAAAUUCGUACGAAAUUAAUAGUUGAUCUGUCGAUUAACAUAUCACCUAAUAACGUUUAUUUUCGGUCACGGUUUGUGAACACACGACUGUACGACAUGCACUUCCAAACGUUGAUCCAAUUUAAUAAACAGACAACACAGUAAGAACAAUCAGAUACAAAUAAUAUUUAUAGCGCUUUUCUUAAAAAUGUCAAUCCUUAUACAUUAUUAUAAAGAUUCUAAAGAAAAGCGCUAUCAAAUAGAGAUUAUAUAUUCAUCUUCCCCGAGGUCAAUGAGGGCGAUAAUGCUGAUUAUGUAGUCGUAAAUUUCAUCCAAAAUUGGAAAUAUAUACACGCAAUAUUGUUUAUUUCCUAGUUCAUUGUUAUGUUUUUUUCCCUUGACGUUGAUUAGAUAGUAACUGUUCAGAUAGAAAUUAAUGAUCGAGCUGUUUCAACGAUCUGUGGAAACUGCGCAAAAAUUUAGACAGAAAGAAAAUUUAAUCGAAUUUAUGUUUUAUUCUACCAUUUUCCGAAUUCAUGAAUAAUGGAAUUUUUGAUAAUAUAUACUAUUUGUUAUGCCAUGUAAUAGCAUAAAAAUUAUACACACCAUUGGGGGCAUUAGUAAAAAACGUUCGUGGUAGAUUAAGAGUAGUUCUAACACUCUGCCUCAAAAAUUGUUCCGUUCCAACUGUAAUUCAAAUUUGAACAAUCGCUUGGGAUGUGUAUCAAUUUUAGUUUUAUACUAGACACAAAUGGAAGAAAAUGAUUGGAAAAGUUAAGAAGCAUUCCAAAGCAAGCAAAAAUGAAGUGACUAUAUUUUUUGUUUAACUUACUAAAUAGGAGUUCAUUUAGAAUUGGACACGACGUUAUGUAGAAAUCAUUCAUUAUUGAACCCAUGGUAGUGCUGCUACUCCAUGUUCGUAGCAGCCGAGCGAAUUCUCCGCACAGAGGGAAACAUAUAUAUCUAUCGUCAAAUGGUUUUCUCUGAGUAUCAUGUUCCGAAUGUGUCUUUCAGUUUACAGUGAUAGUCGCACAUAUUCAACAGAAAAAGGUUGGAUAACACAUUGGGCCGUGUAUUUACGCCAUAUUUCGAAAUAAAAGUCUACUCCAAAAAUCAAGUUCAGGAACACCAGAGCAGUAAUGAAAAUCACAUUUAUUAUUUAAGUUCUAAUAAUUAAAUCACUGGAAAAAACGACAUGAUUUUUGUAUGAUAUUUUUUCUUUCUUUUUUUUUAUACAAACUUGGUUUUCACCUUCGACAAGACUAUGGAAACAUGGCUGAUACGCAAUUUGUUCCGCAAAAACUCAGGCUUAAAAUAACCGUUUUACAAACUCUGCUUAGCAUUUGCAGUUAAAUUCAUGUCCCUGAUAUCUAUGAAGUGCAGUACCGGAUGAUUUUAUCAUGUUUUAUGCGUAAUCAGUUGGUGGAUGACGGUGAAUCUGCGAGUGUGGGUAUGUAGGCAUGUGCCUGUUGGUCUGCGUGGUUGUGUGGAUGAAGAAAGUUCUGUGUCUAUGUAUUUGCGUUUGUCUGAAAUUAACGUUAAACCUUGUAAUCCCCUGUUAAGUUGCGAAAGAACUUUGUUAUAAGAUUAAAUAUUUCAAUUAUGAUCAGUAUAAAAUGUAAAUACUCCAUAUCAUGCUAGAUAUUGAACUUAGUAUGAUACCAUGAUACACGUGUUAUCCUGUGUAGAAAGACUUAAUUGGUCUUUAUUUUGUAUUUCGAAGAAAGCCCCUUUUAGAUAUUCCUUCGAUUGGGAGUUACUUGGAACAUGCCACUGGUGUGUUGGCUCAGUAGGUAGAGCGUCCGUCUCACAAGCGGGAGGUUGCGGGUUCAAACCCCGACCGCGUCAGACUAAAAUACGUUAAAAGAUGGGAGUUGCUGCUACCCUGUUUGGCGUUCAACGAAUAAAGGGAUAGAGCCUCGUCGAUCUGGCGCUGCACAUAUAUUUUUUUUCAU